UGGUUGCCAUGGUUUCAGAAAACAAUAUGGCCGCUCCCAGUUGGGAAGUGAGUCCCUGGGUUAAAGAAGCGGAGGCGGGUCUGGGCUACCGCGGUGGCGAGAGAGGAGGCGCUUGAGGAAUCGUGAGGCUGGGGCUGGACUCCGCAAGGCUGGAACGAUCUGGCCUCGUCGUGGGCGCCAAUGGCGAGCAGCGUGGACGAGGAGGCGCUGCACCAGCUGUACCUGUGGGUGGACAAUAUCCCUCUGUCCCGGCCCAAGCGAAACCUCUCCCGGGACUUCAGUGAUGGAGUCCUGGUCGCAGAGAUCAUCAAGUUUUACUUCCCCAAGAUGGUAGAGAUGCACAAUUAUGUCCCUGCCAACUCUCUCCAGCAGAAGCUCAGCAACUGGGGUCAUCUGAACAGGAAGGUGCUGAACAGGCUGAACUUCUCGGUACCGGACGACGUGAUGCGCAAGAUUGCGCAGUGCGCCCCGGGCGUGGUGGAGCUGGUGCUCAUCCCGCUGAGGCAGCGCCUGGAGCAGCGGCAAAGACGCAGGAAGCAGGGCGCAGGCUCUUUACAGGAGCUGGCUCCCCAGGAUGGCAGUGGAUACAUGGAUGUAGGUUUGUCCCAGAAGGCCAGAGGGGAAGGUGCCCCAGGCCCCCAAGGAGAGGGGCAGCUCAGGGCGGGGCAGCCGCCUGCUCCGCGGAGUACCGCGUAUAGCCAAGCGCUGCAGGGCGACCCAAGCUUCGUCCUCCAGAUCGCUGAAAAGGAGCAGGAGCUGUUGGCCUCACAGGAGACAGUGCAGGUCCUGCAGAUGAAGGUGAGGCGCCUGGAGCACCUGCUCCAACUCAAGAACGUGCGCAUCGAGGAUCUCUCCCGACGGCUCCAGCAGGCGGAGCGUAAGCAGCGGUGA